UAUUGAAGAGCACUGAACAGCUACAUAAUAUCAUGUACACCUACGGUUGUAUUAAUUUCCAGAUAAUUCACUUAAUAUGAAGGUAGUGAUCACCGUGUUCGUCGUUGCUGCGAUUGCGGUGUGCGACAGUCGUGUACUGUCCGCACCAAGAUUUGCUCAGGAUGGUGCUUCAAACAGAGGUUCGGGGACGUCAAGAAACGAUCAGAUUGGCGCCGUGGAUUCCACCGGAAGUUCUCCCGUGCUGGAAUACCCUUACCCCCCGGCCUGUUACCCCAACGUAUGCCCAAUGUAUACCAUCACCUCUAGCUCCUUCAAUGAGCAAUACGAAAGGAGAGAAUACCCAGCUGGAAAGUGGCUGAAAACACCCAGAAGAAAAUACGAUGUACGACGUAUCGAAUCCCAAGAGCUGAUCGACUACAUUGUCAGCGAGAAUUCCCUGAAAACAACGUUGCAGUACGCUGUGCCGGUGGUAGUCCAGGUGGACGUCCCUGUCGGCCACGCUGCCGUCUACAAGGGAUUGAUGGCUCAGAUGUCCUCCGUCGGCGUCAUAAUGCAACAGAAGCGGAACGACAUAAUACAACAACUAACGGAGCUGCGACGGCAACAGCAACAUCUGCAGCCCCACCAGCUGAUGACGGAGCUGCAGAAGAGAAUGCAGCCGAUGAAGGAUCAGUACCGGACCCUGACGGCGGGAAUCUACAGUGAAUUCACCACCUUCGCCCACGACUACAACAUGACGGUGUACCUGUACCUCCACCCAGACUACCAUCUGAACCCACCAACACCCACCAACCCUAAUGUCACCAUCGUGGACUCACCUGGAUUCUCGGUCUAUGCCAAGGGCUACAUGGACGCGAACGCAGCCUCGUCCUACGACAUAGCCCUGAACGUUUCUUCAUCCGCCAACGUUGAAUUCAACAGCUACUACUUCAUCGACUAUCUACAACGCUACAAUGGCUUAAACCGAUUUUUCUAUCAUGAGGUCUGGCUUAGCACUGAUCCCAAUAAGCGAAUCCUGUGAACAAAGACACUGCUCUGAAGCUCAGGGUGUUAUGUGAUCAGACGUCAAUGUCACGUUACCUGAAUUCUUUAGUGUGGACAGUGAGUGAGUGAGUUGGGUUUAACGCCGAUCUGAACAGUUUUUGGGUUAUAUCACGGUGUGUCAGCUUAAUGUUGGAAGAAUACCGAAAGCAAUGCGGGUCUUAGAUGCUUACUGCUUCUGUGAAAGCAACAUAUCUGGGCAUAGGCGAUCUUUGGUUUCUGACUCGCCAAAGUAAUGCAUCUUUACACUGGAAAUUGAGGCGCACUAUUCCACUGCUUCACCCAUGUCACCUGGACAGGGAAGGACAAAGACAAGACUGGGAUCAUGACUAUUUCAAAUCCUACAUCCACAGACCUAACAGCCAACAGGAUGGUGCCUUCAUGAUGCCUAGCAUGUAUCCUUGUGUGUUUAUU